UAUCAGAUUGCUCGCACGCAAAACGUGACAAACGGAGAAUCUCUCUCUAUAUCGCCGGCGAAAGCCAUGGAAUUAUCUCUCCUCCGGCCGGCGACGCAGUCUCUUCUUCCGUCAUUCCCCAAGCCUAAACCGCGAUCACAUGCCUACAGGCCUUUGAAGCUCCGUUGCUCGGUCGCCGGUGGUCCGGCUAUCGCCUCGUCCAGUAUCGACGGCGGAGCCCCAGCCGUUACGGCAACUCUAAUCCCCAUUUACAUAGCCGUUACGGCCGAUUGCGUAAUCGUAGGCAGUGGAAUUAGCGGCCUCUGCAUCGCGCAGGCUCUCGCGACGAAACACCCUGACGUUGCUCCAAAUGUGAUCGUGACGGAGGCCAAGGAUCGCGUUGGAGGCAACAUCACCACCCGAGAAGGGGGCGGUUAUCUCUGGGAAGAAGGCCCCAACAGUUUUCAGCCGUCCGAUCCUAUGCUCACUAUGGUGGUAGAUAGUGGGCUGAAGGAUGAGUUAGUGUUGGGUGAUCCUAAUGCGCCAAGAUUUGUCUUGUGGAAUGGAAAAUUGAGGCCGGUUCCAUCUAAGCCAACUGACUUGCCGUUCUUUGACUUGAUGAGCAUUGGAGGGAAAAUUAGGGCUGGACUUGGUGCUAUCGGCAUUCGACCGCCACCUCCAGGUCGUGAGGAAUCUGUGGAAGAGUUUGUACGGCGUAAUCUUGGUGAUGAGGUUUUUGAGCGCCUGAUUGAGCCAUUUUGUUCAGGUGUUUAUGCGGGCGAUCCUUCAAAACUAAGUAUGAAAGCAGCUUUUGGGAAAGUUUGGAAACUGGAGCAGAAUGGUGGGAGCAUAAUUGGUGGUACUUUUAAGGCAAUUCAGGAGAGAAGUAAAGCUCCCAAGACACCUCGAGACCCACGGCUACCAAAGCCAAAGGGUCAAACAGUUGGUUCUUUCAGGAAGGGACUCAAGAUGUUGCCCGAGGCAAUCUCUGCAAGGUUGGGUAGCAAAGUUAAGUUGUCUUGGAAGCUUUCAGGUAUUUCUAACUUGGAUGGUGGAGGAUAUAUCUUAACUUACGAAACUCCAGAAGGGUUAGUUUCCGUACAGACCAAAAGUGUGGUCAUGACAGUGCCAUCUCAUGUCGCAAGCAGUUUGUUACGCCCUCUUUCGGGUUCCGCGGCAGAUGCGCUCUCGAAAUUUUACUAUCCGCCGGUUGCAGCAGUAUCUGUUUCAUAUCCAGAAGAGGCGAUCCGAACUGAAUGCUUAAUAGACGGUGAACUUAAGGGGUUUGGGCAGUUGCAUCCACGCACACAAGGAGUGGAAACUCUUGGAACUAUAUACAGCUCUUCGCUGUUUCCAAAUCGAGCUCCACCCGGCAGAGUUUUGCUAUUGAACUACAUCGGUGGCGCUACGAACCCUGGGAUUUUAACCAAGUCAGAAGGUGAGUUGGUGGAAGCGGUGGAUCGAGACCUGAGGAAGAUGCUGAUAAAGCCGAGUUCAACUGACCCAUUGGUACUGGGGGUAAGGGUGUGGCCUCAGGCCAUUCCCCAGUUUCUGGUCGGUCAUCUUGAUAUUUUAAACGCAGCAAAAGCCUCUCUGGCGUCUUCUGGGCUCGACGGGAUAUUCCUGGGCGGCAACUACGUCUCGGGUGUAGCCUUGGGCCGGUGUGUGGAAGGUGCCUACGACAUGGCCGCCGAGGUUAACAGCUUCCUGUCUAGGUACGUUUAUAAUAAAUAGGGACUAUUUUAUAUGUUCAAAGCUUCUUUUUCGUGUUAGAUAAUCCAACUUGUGUUGAUAUAUUAUCAUAUUCUAUGUUCGUGUAAAACUGUGUUUUCCGAUUGAAAUGUCCGACAUAAGUAGUUUCAGAAACCUUUCAAUAUCUGCUGAGAUCCUUGAAUUGAA